GUAGGGGCAAUAUGACCUCCGCCUAUGAUAGAGAGCAUAGGCCUAGCUCUGAACCACCGCAUCAUCCUUCAACAGGAAGAUCGUAAGCCAGAAACAUCCUCAGAAUGGUCCAAGUGAAGCAAUACCAACUCCCGCCAACGAAACUCGUACCGAACUCUCCGCACCCACUACUCCACUACCCGGGUUUGCUGAAGAAAGAGGCUGGGUAUGACGCGGCGAAGAUCUACGAUCUGGUCGACAGCAAUGGCUGGAAAACACAAUGGAUAUUCCGAUAUGGCCCAACACAGCAAUCGCAUUACCACACGGAAGCGCACGAGUGUAUGACGGUCUUGACAGGCGAAGCUACGAUACGGUUCGGUGUUGGGGACUUAUCUGAAGACCUUGAGGCGAGCACGCAUGGCACGGCGAGAGAAGAUGGUGGGAUUGAGAUACAUGCGAAAGCCGGCGAUGUUUUUAUAUUGCCUGCAGGAACAGCGCACAAGACGCACGACACGACUCCAGCAGAGUUCGCGCUGUUGACCCCUGGGAGUGGCACCCAUAUUGCUGGCGAUGAUCCAAGGCAGGUCUUACGCGAUAUCAAGCUCUCGGGCUUCACGAUGAUGGGCUGCUAUCCGAAAGGCAGCUCAUGGGACUUUGCCGUCCGAGCCAAAGAUCAAGAAGAAUUUAAGAAGAGUUGGAAUGUCCCGAAGCCUGAGCGAGAUCCGGUUUUGGGCGCGUCGGAGGAGGGUCUCUGUGGAACGUGGAAGGAAGCGUCGAGGCAGCCCAAGCUGUGAGUGAUUCGUACAUAUACAUGCCAUAGCGCUACAACUAUGGCCAUGGCGAGCCGGAUAAGAAAUCGCAAAGUGUCUGAGCAUCC